AUGAAUCGCUCGGCAAGAAAUUUUGAACAAUCGGUUAUGCAAAGUAAAGAUGUUUGGUUUGUCUUGUUCGGAAAUCCUCGGUGUCCAAAUGUUAAACGACUUAAACCUGAGUGGGACAAGGCUUCAAAGGCUUUGGAAGGAAAGGUCAAGUGUGGUGAAGUUGACUGUGACGCGGAAAAAGAUAUACAAUCAAGGUUCGGAGUAUUUAGGUUCCCGACUGUUUUUGCAUUUGGUCCAGAUAAAAGUGCAGCUCCCACCAAAGUAACUUUAUAUAUUGAAGGAACUGCAGCUGCACUUGAAAAGGAUGGCCUGUCUUACUAUGAGAAAGCGCAGGGGUGUAAAAUGGACUUUUGAGUAGAGGAUUGUAUUGGAAUAAGAUUUGUUUGACUUGUUAUCGAAACAAUAAUGGCACCUUUAACCUUGGUGUAAAAAACUAAUAAAGA